AUGCCUACGAUGGUGAUGUCGCAACCGCCUAAAACAUCCAACAAUGGGAUGAGAAAGCGCCAGAAGAACAAGGUGGACAAUAUUAUGGUGGGUCUGAGAAGAGAAGGCUCAGAAAGUGAAUAGUUUUGAUAAUCAGGCGAUAAACUACAUGUUCGUCGGAACGCCGAAGAAGAAGUUUACGUUCUACGUAAGAGAGCGUCUCGUGUACCGCCCGAAUGUGGAGGUGACUUACGACGAAGUCUACAACUACCUGGUCCACACCACCAACGACGAAACCCUUUCGUUGCACUAUUCGGGUUUGUAAUGAGUAAAAAAUCAUCAGAAUGAAACAGUUGUGCUUCAGUGAACGGGCUGUACGUGCCGAUCACGACCACCGGCCAGCUCCACACCUUCAUUCGCCUCGUCCAUAACGAUCCUAAUGCGUUCUUGUACGUGGAGGUAAUCGAAACAUUUCUGGGCUAAAUUAAUUUAAAUACAUUUACUUCAGAACCAUGACUAUGUCUGGAAUGUUACUCCUCAAAGCAAGGGCCACAAGAUGGAGAAGCGGGUGCCAAACUCUGUUACUGGUUCAGCCGCUCUUCCGAAUGAGGGAGACGACGAGGUCGAUUCGGAUGACGACGAAGAAGAGGGCGAUUCUCAAGACGACGAGCACGGAGAAGAAGGAACAGAAGAGUACGAGGAAGAUCCUGAGGAGCAGAAUACUCAGGAUGAGGAGGGAGAUGAGGAUGAGGAGGAAGCGGAAGACGAGGAAGAUGUGGAAGACGAGAUGGAAGAGGAGGAAGAGGAAGAAGCGGAGGAGGAGGAGGAUGGCUUGCCGUACGCGGUCACGGACGGCAUGGCUCGUGUUGUGCUGGCGGAGCAAGUCUCGCCACGAAACGCCUACUUGGAGCAGGAGAAGAUUCUGAAGAAACAGUUCGCUGAAUUGUCUGCAGAAAUCCCACGCUUCGUCGCCGCCCUGCAACCGAACGAUCCUUCGGCGCUACGUACGUUAAAGCCUAUCCUUUUUCGAUUCACAUCAACGCUUUCAGCCUCCGAAUUGAUUCUGAAGCAAUGUUCGUCGCAUGCCGAAGCAAUGGGCUACUUGAAAGAGGUCGUCUCGGGCGCAUUCAAAAACAGAGACAUCGGCCAGGCGCCGACGGUUGUCGCCGCGCAACUCGUCCGCGACGUGUGGAACAAGGACGUUCCGUUCGACGAGAAAGUGUUCACGGACACCGUUGAGAUGCUGCAAAGCUGCUUCGGUGCUGGUCUGCUCCACUAUUUCAGCCGUGUUUCAAAGAAAUUCGUGAGUUAGAGUAAGGGCUGGGCUAACUGGAAUUGCCUCGAUUUCAGCCGAAAGAUACGAAGGAAGGUGACAAAAAGGAGUUACUCGACCUGAAGAUGACUAAAGACUUCAUGGUAAUUCGUUUGAUUUUUCCGUUUCGAUUCCAUCCGUCCUGUUUUGCAGCCAAUGAGCGAGGCCGAUUGUAUGAAGGAAUUCAUUGAAAACGCGACGAUCGCCGCCUGCGACAUGCUCGAAUGUGUGCAACAUUUGGCUGCGCUCGAUAGAGAGUUCGAGUAUUUCAACGAGGUCAAUAACAGAAGAAUGUCAGAGGAAACGAAUGCUAGUGCGUCAACUCAUCUCAUUUCCCUUCUAUUGAUUUCUGUACAGAGGCGACUGAACCCUUCGAACUGCCGACCGAACAGGAGCUUGACGACCAUCUGACGAAGAUGGUGACGGCUGCUCACUACGGCUUCCAGCUGCUGCAACCGGUGUUUCCGAAGGGAUGCGAGUGCCAUAACACUAUUCGUCUGCUGAUUCUGGAGCUUGAGAAAAUGCACUCGGUCAUAACGCACCUAUUCCAUAAAACGAGCAGCUUCCAUCAUCUCAACGAAACGAAGACGUUCGUUCUGGAGAGUCUUCAGGCUAUAAUGGACAGAUAUACGGCCACGUAAGUGAAUUAUAACAGGCAAACGACAACGGCUUCAUUCAGGAAAUGCUUGAUGCACGAGACCGUGAAGAUGGCCCUCGAAGAGGCGGAGGCGUUCAAAUGGCGCAAGGACACGACAUCGAACUACGUGGAGUGGGCCGAACUUCGUGAUCGCGGUGAGAGUCGGAAAGUGGUCCAGAAUGUCGUAAACGGCACUGUGAUCGAAACCCCUGCUCCAUACGCCGUCCAUCCGAGCGAAAUUGUUCCUGACCAAAAUAUUACGCCCAUCGCGGAUCUCUCUGAGUUGGCCUCCUCGUUGACUCCGAUGGCGAUGCCCCUCCACGCGACUGCUUCAAUGGGCGAUCCUGUUUCCAACAACCCCCAUAGUGUCACUUCCCAAUCAAUUCCGGAAGGUUCGGCGGCGAAUCACACGUCUGUUCCGCCAAUGAGCCUCACCCAGGAGUCUGUGAUAGUGGAGAAAACAACAAAGGAGGUUACUGCGACCUCGUCGACCACGUCCGUCACUGACUCCUCGGGCACUGUCACGACGACAGUAACGACUACCGGCGGAGCUUCUGGCGGAGGAACGGCGACGGUCGAGAAGAAGAUGAGUCCUGAAUUGAAGAAGAUGGUCGACGCUAUGGUAUGAAGUUCUCACUUAGUUGCUCUUUUUUAGCGUUAACCUUCAGAUGAAGAACUUGCCUCCACAGCACAAUUACGUCUAUCCGGCUCCUCCUAAGCAGGGUUCGAUCGUCAUUCCGACCGGAGGACUCGCUCGCUGUCGUUGCUCGAAGAACUGCACCGAGUUGCUAAUGGAACCCGCCUACGAGUACGUCGAGCGCUUCAACGAGCCACGCCAGACGGUGUGGGAGAAGACCAAGCAGAAGCGAUUCAAGAAGAACUGAAGUGGUCUCUCACUCCCGAACCGUUCCCUCCGACCCUCAGCCAAAUCUGUUGCUCUCCCGUUUUUCUCUGCUUUAGCUUCCACUCAUCACUCUUUUGUGAUCAUUCCUCAAUUUUUCCUAGCAAAUUUCUAUUCUUUCCUCCACUUCCUUCUGUUUCAUUAAGUUCCAGUUUCUGCUCGUCUAUUUGUCCUAAAAUUGGUCACCGUGAGUAGAUAAUUGCAAAAUAAAUUUUCCCCCUUAUUUCAGAGCGUGUCUGCAUAAUCUUUGUGUUCUAUUAAAAUCCUCCAGUUCCUCCCGCCCUUCAGCUUUUUGUAGUCUCUCUCUCUCUCUCUCUUUUUCUCUUCAUUCCCCUCCCAUUGCUAAAUAUCUAUUCCCCCGUGGCUUUUCGCUCCGUGUUCAGUGGAGCGUUCUUGCCGAACGCCUUGAAUGUUUUGUAGUCAUUGACUUGAGGGGGAUCUCCUAUUUUUCCGUUUUCUUAACGAUCAUCGCCUCUUACCAUUUCGAAAGUCCGCAGCAAACAAGUCUAUCUUUUUCCUAUUGAUUUCAUUAAAAGGCAAACAAUAAAUCUAUUUGUGUCGGAACUCCAAUCCAUUUGUCAGAAUCCACUGCUGAAAGGUUACCGUUUCGCCGGACUUUUAUCGAAGACAACAAGUAAAGAAGCAGUGCUCUAUUGAGCAUUUUCAGCUGGCGGGCGUUCUCCGCAAAGGAAUUUUCAGUUUCGUAGUUUUCGAAGUGACGGCCGCCGCGCUCGGAUUCGCCGCCUUCCGCACAGUCCGUCGGAGCGAAGAGAAACGCAAAUAUCUGUACUUGAAUUGGCCGACGAUCGCAUCCAGCUACUACUGGGUCGAGGACUCUAUUUCAUUCGGACAACUUAUUGUGAGCAGGCACUAAAGAAGAAGUUGAAGAAAAAUCUUUCAGGGAACCCGUCUAAAACUAAGCGAUCUACGCCGUUGGGCACAAAUCGAUUCCUCGACGGACAACAUCGAAACCGAUUGA